CGGGCGGACUGCCCUGAGGAGGCGGGGAGGGGCGGGCUGGGCCGGCCGGCGGGCAGGCAACGAUGCCGAACUUCUGCGCUGCCCCCAACUGCACGCGGAAGAGCACGCAGUCGGACCUGGCCUUUUUCAGGUUCCCGCGGGAUCCGGCCAGAUGCCAGAAGUGGGUGGAGAAUUGUAGGCGAGCAGACUUAGAAGAUAAAACACCUGAUCAACUAAAUAAACAUUAUCGAUUAUGUGCCAAACACUUUGAGACCUCUAUGAUCUGUAGAACUAGUCCUUAUAGGACAGUUCUUCGAGAUAAUGCAAUACCAACAAUAUUUGAUCUUACCAGUCAUUUGAACAAUCCACACAGUAGACACAGAAAACGAAUAAAAGAAUUGAGUGAAGAUGAAAUCAGGACACUGAAACAGAAAAAAAGUAAGUGAUAGUGUUAAUGACUCAACUUCUGAAUGCCUUUUAAAAACGCCUUGACCUGUUGAUGAAACUUCUGAACAAGAACAAA